AUGAGUCCACGCAAGAGAUCGAAGCCGAAUCCUUUGGCGCAACAAGACGGUGCCAGCGCGUCCGAAGUCCCGCAUGACAGCACCACCCCAGCCGCCACGCCCUCCACGCCCUCCACGAACACUCCGAGUGAAAGCGCGAUCCUGCAGAGUACACCCGCGGAUUCGGCCAUAAAAGAACCAUUAUACUCUUCUAAUGCCUCUGGUGAACCCUCGACCUCCACUGAGCCUAAGCUCGAUACGAAGCCCAGCAAGAAGUGGUUAAGCGGGGGUAGUUGGCGGUCAAAGGCUUCUGCAACAGUCCAGACGGCCAGUCAGAAGAUUGGCGUCAGUGUCAGUGGUGGUGCGGCUUCUGAAAUCCCGAACGAAGUGGCCAAGAAGACAAAGGACCAGUCGCCUGCCAAGUUCUUAACGAAGCGUAAGUCGAGUAAAGCCGACAGCAUACCGGCCUCGAUGACCAUGUUCAAUGUGACGUCAGAUGGGUCUAUCAACGAGCAGAAGGAGACAAAGCCAGAGGCAGUGCCCAACGAGCCGCCUAUUGUCGACGAACCACCGUUACCUCCAGAACCACAGAAGAACGAUGCCACUCAGGAAGCGGGCACAUGGGGCUGGCGAUCGUGGUGGUCUCGACCAGAUGGAUACUCCGAAGCAUCAAAGACAUCUAGCAUUGAAGAUGCGCAAGGCACCCCUCUACCAGGUGUCACGCCGUCGGAGGAGCCUGAUGCUGCUGGGAAGGAGCUAGGGAAGGUCUCUACACGAGAACUCCCUCAAAAAGAGCAGGAUGUUGAGACGAAGGACGCACCUACAGAAGAGGCCCAGGAAUUGCGGGCUGCGGAAGUGGAAGAUGCAGAUGCUACCAAAUCGCGCGGGCCAGCCCCAAGAGCAUCGUGGUUUUGGUCUUGGAGUACGAAAGAGAAUGCACUAGCAGAUCCUCCUGCUACAUCGGUAGCUCCUACCGAGCACGUCCCGGAUGUCCCUAACGAGGAAAUAAUAGAUCCGCAGGUCGAUGAAGCACCACAAACAGAUCCUGCCAAACAAGCGGAGCAGACCGUGGCCGACGUACCGUCUAAUGAGUCAGCUCCCGGCACGACUCAGGAAGAUCGAUCGAACUCCCAAGGCUGGGCAUUCUGGUUCAAGUCACAACCAAAAGCCGAGGUCAACAAAGACGGAGCCAUUGCCCACAAAUUAGUGGGUGAGGUGGCAGUGGCCGACACACCUUCGCAGUCCCACCCUGAACCAGCUCAAUUCAACGAGCUGGAACAGCCAGAAGCUGAGGCCCCUAAGCCAGCAGGAGUAUCGCAAGCAAAAGAACCUGCUACUACUAGUCGAUCAUUUUUGUCACUGCGUGGUCGCUCACGAGCGAAGACCGUACCGAAAGAGAUAGCUACAGACACACCAAACUCCAGCAAGACUGUGACACCCUCGAAGACCUCGCCGACACCCUCUCCCACCCGGCCCGACACAGCCCCGGCAGCACAUCCCGCACCCAAGGAAAGUGCGAAGAAAAAAGAAGAACCUCAGAAUAACCUACUACCAGAGUUUCCAAACACUUAUCAACUGGUGCAGCAACCGUCUUUCUGGCAGCAGGUGCGCCAAUACUUCCUCGGAAAUGAGGCACCGCAACCACAUCUUCACAUCAACCCUGCCCCUCCUCGCAUAAAGAAAGCAGUCGCCAUUGGUGUGCAUGGCUUCUUUCCAUCCCCUUAUAUCCGAAAAGUGAUCGGAGAGCCGAAGGGUACUUCCAUUCGCUUUGCAACCGCCGCCGCCGCGUCGAUCAAAACCUGGUGUGAAGAGCGCGGCUACGAGCCGGAAAUUGACCAUAUCGCGCUGGAAGGUGAAGGCUUUGUCGCCGAAAGAGUGAGAAUCUUAUGGACGCUUUUACUGAACAGCGUCGAUGCUAUCAGGAAGGCGGACUUCGUCCUUGUUGCGUGUCAUUCUCAAGGAGUGCCGGUCGCUGUCAUGCUAGUGGCCAAGCUCAUUCAAUUCGGAUGCGUAAAUUCUGCCCGCAUCGGCAUCUGCGCCAUGGCUGGCGUCAACAUGGGCCCUUUUAUCGAUUUCAAAAGCAAAGCCCCUGCUUUCGGGUCUAUCGCGUCGGAACUUUUCAGUUUUGGGGAUCCGAAGAGCUUGGUCAGCCAGAUGUAUCUCGCAGCGUUAGACGAGGUGCUACGAUUUGGUGUAAGGGUGACUUACGUAGGCAGCAUCGACGAUCAGCUCGUCUCGUUAGAGUCGUCCACCUUCUCAGUCGUAUCGCACCCGUACAUCUACCGCGCCGUCUUUGUUGACGGUCGCAUCCACGCCCCCUCCUUUCUUACUCACCUUGUUGGCUUCGCUCUCAAACUCCGCAACCUCGGCCUUCCCGACCAUGGCCUCGUCCGCGAACUCUCGCCCCACCUCGCAGGCUCCAUCUACGCCGGCGAAGGUCACUCCCGCGUCUACGAAGACCCCCGCGUCUACACGCUCGCGAUACAGCACGCGCUUGAGACAACGUCCCUUCCUGUAUCUCCCCAACAGGCCAAGAUGAACGCUGCGGCGAGCUUUGCGGGGAUUAGCAUUCCAGUACCAGGGGUGAAGUAUAGUGCCAAGGAUACAUGUAAGCUGAGGGUGAGGGAGUACAAGAGCAGUGGGAGCGCAGCCGGGGAGAAUCCGUAUUUUUUACCUUGGGCGAUGAGAGGAUUACUAGAGGAGGAUCUUGUCAAGAAGGAGCUUGGGAAGGAGGUUGAUGGGCUGUUGAGUAUGUUUGAGGAGUGGAAGCCUACGGAUAAGAGGCUGAAGGAUGUGAAAUUUAGAUUGGAGGGUGUGAGAAGUAAGCUUUAG